AACCAAAAAAAUGACAACGUAAAUAUCGAUUCCAGUAAAUUCGUGCUGGUUUUUUUAAGCGUUUGUUUAUUCUAGUGUGAUUAUCAUUUUAUUAAUAUCGUGGUGAGAUUUGAAAGUAUCGAAGAUGUCAGUAGCUUACGUGCCUCCUUCGAAAGGGAGACCUGCUCCAUCACCGGCACAAAUACAAAAGAUGCUGGAUGAAAAUACGCAACUAAUUCAAGCAAUCUUGGAUUAUCAGAAUAAAGGGAAACCUGUGGAAUGUCACCAAUAUCAGCAAAUUCUUCAUAGAAAUUUGGUGUAUUUGGCUUCUAUUGCAGAUGCUGUUCCUGGUAUUUUGCCUCCUCCUACACCUCAGCCCCAUAUGCAACAUGGGCCUCCAACUCAACAAAUGCCAAAUGCAGAACCUCCUUUCCAAGGUCAUCAAAAUCAACCUUCAGGAGGCAACAUGAAUCAAAAUCCGACAAUGGGUUCUACUCAAGGAGUUAAUGCUAAUCAGCCUCAUGGCCCAGUAUCUGGUGGAAUGCAAAACUUCAGCUCAGGCCCUCAACCACCUGUUGGACAACAACAUCAACAGAUGGCUGCUGGUGGUCCUACACCUGGUGGAAAUCAACCACAUGGUCCUCCAUCAACUGUUCCUUCGAACUUCAACCCUUCUCCUCCGAAUCAAAGUGGACCACAUGCUCAUCAGCCCAUGCCUAAUAAUCAGAAUCCUAAUCAACCUCAUGGACCCGGAUCUAAUUUUAAUUCUGCUUCUCAACCCCCUAAUGCACAAUCUCAUCCAAAUAUGCCGCAAGGUCAGAAUGUUGUUGGAAAUCAGAGCCAUGGACCAGGUGGACCUCAGAGUUUCAGCGCUGUAUCACAACAACCUCCUGUGGGACAUUCUCCUGGACCACAGCAGCAGUAUCAACCACAGCAGCCAUAUCCAUCCAGUCAACCUCCUCCACAGCAACAGCAGCAGCAACAACCUCCUCCUCAUACUCAAUACAAUAGCAGUCCUUCUCCCCAAAAUACUUAUGUCCAACAACAGCAACAACAACAACAGCCCCCACCUCAGUCACAGCAGCAACAAAAUCAUCCUCCUUCCAACUAUAGCAAUCCAUCUCCCCAAAGCUAUCCAACUCCUUCAAGCCAAUCUCAGCAGGGGUAUGGCCCUAGCUCCUCUCCACACCCCCAGUCAGCUCAACAACCACCGCCACCAUCUCAGCAACAGCAGCAGCAACAACAACAACAACAGCAGCCACAAUCUCAGCAGCAACCUCCACAACAGCCACCACAAACUCCUCAGCAGCAGCAGCAGCCACAACAACAGCCACCAUCACAUCAACAACCUCCAAACCAGCAACCUAAUCCUAAUUCAAACUAUCCAGGUCCUGGUGGUAGUCAGCCUCAGCCUCAAGGAAGUUUCAAUGUUCCGCCAACAUCAACCGCUUCACAACCACAGCCCUAUACUUCUCAGUCAUCACAUACAUACAACCAAAACCAACAAUAUGGGCAGCAGCAGCAACCAUCUUCCAAUGCUACUCAGUGGUAUAACAGCCAGAACAACCAACCAUAUGCCCCAACCACUUCUUCACAGCCUGGAUAUCCUUCAGGUGGCCCCAUAUCCCAAAAUUAUAUGGGCCAUUCUCAAAAUUUCCAACCACCUUCAGGAAAUUCUUACAAUUCUCCACCAUCUACAACUCAAUCCAAUUAUGGCCCUCCUCCUCAACAGCAAUCUAAUUACAUGCAUCCCUCUGCUGGUUCUAAUUCUACCCCUCCACCAUCUUCCACACCCCAAAGCAGGUUUCCAGCUAAUUAUGGCCAGGGCAGUUAUGCUCACUAUAGGCCUACUUCACAGCCAUCUUCGAUGUCUCAUCCUAAUAUGAAUAAUCAGAUGGGGCCACCAGCUGGGCAUAGGCAAGCUGGGCCAAAUGCUAAUUCUCAAGCAUACAACUAUGAGCAGAAUCCAGCCUACUCUCAGUAUCAGUCGCAGUAAUGCAGUAGUGGCGUUGUGUGAAAAUAUGAGAUGAUUUUAGCUUGAUAAGAAAGCACAUUUGUUUUAUCCUCCCCCCCCCCUUUUUUUACUUGGAGGUUUUGUUGUUGUUAUUUUAAUAUAAUUAAAAAUGUGAUUUUUACUUCCAAGAAGAAUAAGUGAUCUUUUGCUAAUUAUACAUAUAAUUUAAAUUUGGUUUUAUCCUUAUGGUCAUUUUAGUUUAUCUAUUUUUAGAUUUCAUUCUUGAAGUUAAUUUUUUAGGAAUUUCUUAUAGUGAUUUUAGAUUAAGUUAAUGUUGUCUUUCAUUGGAUAAUCAUACCAUUAAUUAAUUAUGUGUAUUCAUAUAUUAUUUAGUCUGAUUGCAUUAUUAAUAUAUCCUGUUUAUUAUUCGUAUUUUACUGUUUUUCAUGUGCAGAAAUUUGGUUUUUGUUGAUAAUGAUAAACUGGAAGUCACAGUGAAAAACAUAAGUGAUUGCAUUUAUGGCAAAUGCAGUUCUGUUUGUGUAUUUUCUUUUCAGCACAUGGCUAAUAUAAAAAUAUUAUAAAAUUUAACAAUUUCUAUCUAAUUUAAAAAUAUUUUUAAAAUGUCUGUUUAAAUUUAUAAUAUUUUUUUUAAAAAUAUAGAUUUGUUUCAUUUUAAUGAUGCUUUUAACUAAAUUCUCUUUGAAUAUAUAAUUUAUUUUUAAAUACUGUCAAAUUCAAAACUAUAUAACAGAACAAAGACUUGCCAAUGCUAUUAGUUUGAGUCAUCAGAUACUGUUUUUUUAAACUUCUACAAAACCUGUAUAAUUUUUAUUCUCAAGAUAGACAAACAGAAAAAUUGGAGAGUAAGUUUGCAUACCUUAUUAGAUUGUGAUUUUAUAAAUUAUGACGUAUUGUUCUGUGGCAAAGCAUAAACAAAAAACAUAAGAUUAAUUUGUAUAGAAAAUUAUAAUUCUUAAUUGAUGCUUCAGUUGAUUAUUUAAAUAUUUCUAGUGUUCAUUUACUGUAAUCAAUUUUAUUCUUUCUACAUGCUUCUCAUAUUUAAAAUAUGGUGCAAAUAUUUUCUUACAAGUUUUGUUUUUAAAGUAAUAUAAUUAUGUGUAUAAAAAUUGUUACAGAAAUAAUAUUAUUUAUUUCAAAAAUGAACUAAUUGAUAAAGUUAUUUAAAGGUAAAUCAUAAAUAAUUAAAACUUAAUAAGUGGGUUUUAUGUGGCACAACUGAAUUUGGGUUACUCGGGAUGUUUUCAAAAUGUGCACCAUAAAUCAGGCGUUUAUCAAAGUUUUAGAGAUUUCUAUUUAAAAGCUUCUGAUAUCGUAACAUUUCAAACAAAAAAUAAAAAGUGUUGUAAGCCCAAAAUUGGGAAAGAAGAAACGAAGCAAAAAUGCAUUGAACUAAAUGAAAAUUUAGUUUAAAGCAGUUGUUUGUAAUAACUUUUAUGACAUAUUUUAUUUGGAAUGAUUUUCUUAAUCUUUCUUAUUUAAAAUUGCUAAAUUUUGCUAUGAAAAUAACAUGAAAAUUUUCACAAUUUCAUUUAAGGUCAUAAUCUUUGAUAUAGAAAUUUGUUGGCUACCAAAAAUAAUGCAUUUGAAGUCAAAUAAUUGUGAUUGUUUUGUGCCACACAUUAUAUAAUUAAUUCAAAGUCUCUUUGAAGUUAAAUAGAGCCAUAUUCAAAGUCUUGAAUGUGGGCUCAAAUAUGAUAAUAUAUGUUUAAAAUCUGAAAUUUGUAACUUUUGCAGCAUAAUUUUUGGUUGUGCUUGUGUAAUUAUUAUUUCCAUGUUUGAUAACUGUUUACUGUGUAAAUUUUCAUGUCCUGCCAUUACUUUUUUUUUAAAUAAAUAUUUCCUUUAGUUAAAUUAAUCUUAAAUUUAGUGUAAUCAUAUUUAAUCUAUAGGUAUUGUAUAUAUAUUGAAGGGUGCUUAAUAUUUCUACGGUUUUUCCAGUGUAUGGCUCAUUUAUAUGGUACUCUCUUUGUUCCUGCUAUGUAACUGAUGCUAUAAUCCUUUGAUACCAUUUACUAGACAGCACCUGAUCCUGUGUGUAAAUGUAUAUCAUGAAAUGCCUCUUUUCUAUUAGAAAUGGGGCAGUCAAUAUAUAUAUAUAACAGGUACAGCAACCUGUUGUGCAAAAAAAAAAAUGAAUAUUUUGAAUUAGAGGUUAUUAGAUUUGGCUCCGUAUUGGCAUGAAAUAUAACUUUUCUUUUAGAAAUAAAACAGCUAUAAUAGUGGAAAUGUUGAUAAAAAAUUGAAGAUUUUGAACAAUAAUGUUUGCUAGAUUUCUCAUGAAAUGCCAAUUUUCUGUUAAAAAUGAAGCAUCCAAAGCUUGCGAUAAAUAUAAUUACAUUGUAUGGAAAAGUUUGCAAAAAACUACAUCCUUCAAAACCUUGAGUUGCUAAAUUUAGCACAAUUUUAAUAUUGCAAACUAAUGGGAAAAGACUUACAUUUCAUUUACACAUUUUUAUGAUGCUAUUUGAAUCUUUAUUGCAUCUUCAAUGCUAGAUUGAAAUUCUUUUCAUGUUAUAAUAAGGACUGGUUUAUGGAGAAAACACAACUAUGAUUCAUGGUGAUAAUUUGUUUAUAUUUAAAUAAGCUUUUUUUUUUUAAUUAUUUAAUAAGAUUAAUGUGCUUAUUGGCUUUUUUUCUAGCAUUUUAAACAGUUAAAAAAAAUCCCAUUUAGGAAUUGUUGAUUUAUCAUUCUCAAAGUAAAAAAAAUCAUUAAAUUCAUUGCAUAAAAUUUGCAUUUCAUUUUUGAUUUGGAGCUGGUAUUUCCUUAUAUUCUUGUUUCUCCAGUAGAUGAUUAGAACAGGGUUUCCCAGUCUGUGAUACAUGUGUCAAUAAUAGUUCAUUAUACUUUUUUUAUUGAAAAAAAAAAAAAGAUGUAAAUGAAUGUAAAAUAAUGUCUCUUUUAACAUUUUAUUUUAUUCUGAUACAAUUUUUCAUUCUGGAGCUCGCGGUGGUGACCAUACUGGACAUAUGAUAGUUACAACUCUGGGGUUAAUACUGAGACACUAAAAUAAAUAAGGAAUAUUUCCAAGAAUUUAUCGUAGACUAAUAGUAGCAUCAUAUGGCUAUUAAUUUAAGUAAAAAUUUCACUUAUGAAAGAAUUUGAAUAUUGUAAAUUUAAAAUAUAUUUUUCUUUCAUUAUAAUCACUCUAUUUGGUCUGUAGUUUUAAACAAAAAGAAAUCUUUUUAUGAUGAUACAUAUAUUCAAAAUGUAUCAUCAUGGAACUUAUUUAACUGCAAAAUAUUCUUCUUAAUGUGGUGUGAAAACCUCUGGUUUAAAAUAUUUUCAUUUCAGAAAUGGCCACAAAAAUAAAUUUUCAUCCUUAAAAGUUUUUCUGAAUAAGGCCAUCAAUUUUUAAUCAGGUUAUCAACACAUUUAAAAUGUAUCUAGUGAUAGUGUUACUUAUUUGAUGAAAGUUUCUGUUUCCCCCUCCCAUUUGUGAAAUUAUGUGUAUAGUGUAAACGAAGUUGUGGGCUUUGUAGCCCUAAUUUGCUCAUAUUUUUCUACUGAAAAUGAAUGUUUAUAUAUGUUAUCUUGAUGUUCUUGCAUAGUGUCAACUUAUUUGUUUUUUAAUAAUUCUCAAUGCACCAAAUUAAAUUGGUGAAAUCUAAUUCAUGUUACUUCCUCCCUCCAAACAGCAAUUGUCUGAAACAUCAUUUUUUUUUUUUUCUUUAUUGCCCGAAGUUGCAAAUUGAGUUUUCUUAAUAUUUUAAAAAUUGAAUUGAAUUUUAAAUUUUUUUAUUUAGUUUGAAAUGUACAGAACCUUAUAAAACCAAACUCGUGAAUUUAGCAUUGAGCAUUAAGCUUAUAAUUAAUCAUACCGGUGGUAAAUUACAUUUACAGUGCAAAUUGCAAAAUAUAAUUGAAAGAUGGCUAUUUCUUUCUUUAUUGUUUUCUGCUAUUUGGGAGUAAAGAUACUUAUUUCCAUUGAUUAUAUUGUUUUAAUUUUUCCUAAAAUUUUUAAUGCUUCAGUUUCCUAAUUUUAAUUUUUUCUAUUUAAAUAAAUUUUAGAUAUUUUUAUCAAUUAUAUAAAACAAUAUAAUGUUGAAAACAAUAAAACAAAAUCUCCAUUGCCAAUCUAAUUUGCCAUUUUCAUUUAAAAUCAGCUUUAACACAUGUAUGCUGACAUAUUUAAUAUUUUUGUGGCUAUGUUUAUGAUCUCUCUCUCUCUCUCUUUUUUCUUAAUGAACUGGUCAAUUUACUUUUGCAUUUUAGCACAUUUUUAUGGCAUCAUUUUAAUUAUUUAUUUUAGGUUAGUUUUAUGAAAUUGCAUGUUUUUAUUUGUUAUGACAUCUGACAGAACUAAUCACUAAAACCGGUUUGAAAUAAUGAUCCACCGUUCGAAACAAAAAAGAAAUACCAAAAGAAAAUAACUUCUAACUGUACCAUAAGGUAAGAACAGAAUGGCGUGCAACAUAGAAGUCUAAUAACAUUGUUAUUUAUUGGGAAAUUCCUCACCUAUCAUCUUUUACUAAGCCCAUUACUAUAUUUAGUAGAAUUCUCAUAAACACUUCAUUCUGUUCAAGAUAAAAUGCAUGAUUGCAUAAUAAAAUUUCAGACCUCAGCUCAUCAAUCUUUGCUACAAUACAAUAUAAAUUUUUGAAAUUUAUGAUCCCAUAAUGAUUUAUUUUUCAUUCACACACAUGAAAAAAAAAAUAGUUGUAUGAGUCACUAAACACCAAAACAGUAUAACAAAUGCUGCUGGGCAAUUAUAUAUAUGUAUAUAUAUACAGUUUUUACCAACUAUGAUUUCGAUCUUUUCUUAAAUUAGAGAAAGAGGCAAAUAAGGCAAUGAAAGUUUGGAAGGAGGGAGUAUUAAUUGUUAUGAAUGAGCAAUAUAAAAAAUUGGCAUAAACAUUUGUUAGAUUCAAAAAUUGAUAAAUCUCAUCUAAUGUUCUGUAUUUAUGAUUACAUGUUAACGUUCAUUUAUGCAAAAAAAUUUCAAGAGUAAUUUUCGUCUACAGAUUUUGAUAUCAAUGGCUAAAAAGUUCAGUGAUAUCUUAAACUGUUUCUUUGUUGUUUUUUUUAUUGCUACUUAGAUCAAUAUAAUUCUUUACACGGCACAUCUAAUUUCAAUUGUCCUUAGCAUUCCAAUUUAAUAAUCAUUAUUAUUUUUAAAUAGAAGAAAAUAUAGAUAUCUACAGGUGUCAAUGUCUCUUUUCUUGGAACAGUGGUUUUCAAAUAUUUGGUGAGAUUGAUUAAUUUAGAAUAUGUGCUUGACUGAUUGUGAUUUUUUUUUUUUUAAUCCUGCAAAUUUAUCAAAAAAUUAAUGAGAAUUGUCUCAUGGAAUUGUUUUACUUUGACUACAGUUUAAUUGAGCACAUUUAAAGAAAGUUCUAUUUUGCUCUUAGUAAAGCAAUUUUUAAUUCCGAUUUAUUAGUAAAAACCAAUCAUCAUUUGUAAUACAAAAUGUAAUAUAAAAGAAAAGAAGUUCAAUUUUGUUGAAUACUUAAUGUUGAUAUUAAAUUACCAGGAUUUUGCAUCUAAGCUUAAAAAUAUGAGUAGUAUUUGAUGUAUUUGUACAAUCCUAAAGUUUCUUGAAAAUUUUACCACAUAUUAAUUAAUGUGUCCCCUUUAUUUGAAAACCACUGAUAAAUAUUUUGCAUCAUCUUUAAUUCUUGUCGUUCUUGAAAUUUCUGUGUGUUGUAAAGUAGAUGUCUGUUUUUGCCUGCUUACUGGUCAAAACAACUUUCCUGAAAUCAUUCUGUCCCAUUAAUAAUGUCUAAAUAAGUGUAUUAUUUCAUUAACUUCAUCCUGAUUCUUCGUGUUUAAAAAUAUAUAUAUACAAAAUUUUGUGAAGUCUAAAAAAUGUAUCGUAUAAUUAAUUGUGUAAUUUGGUGAAUUUCUUGUUCUUUCAACUAUAGAUGUGUAAUUUUUAUUUCUUUUAUUCUUUGAUUUAUUAUGAAAUAGAAUUAAAGUCUUGGAUUUGCUUACAUUUUUGAUAUUAUUAUUCGAUUGAUACUUAUCUGAUAAAAAAUAGCAUUUUUUGGUGAAAUAUGUAUUAAAAAAUAUAAUGAUAUGUAUCUAAUUAUUCUCUUAUAGAAAUGUUUUCAACAUUUUUUUAUUAUUAUUAUUAAACUUAUAUCCAUUUGUAUUCUGU